CUGUAUAUUAUACUUUAUCCAAGGUGCUAAAAUGAAGACGGAAAAUCGCGUCAUUUGAAGCCUUUUUUUAAAGUUUAAUGAAGCGGCAUUCUUUUCUAUCAUGGUACGCUUAAAUGGCACAAAUCCUAAAGCUGGAUGACUUCCCAACUUCCUGUCCUUUUUUUCCGCGGAGAUAAGAACACCCUCGCUUUUAAAAAAAUUAGAUAUAGUGUAGCAUCAACAGCAACGGCCAUUCUUUCAGUUUCCAUCGAACAACCAUGGCAAACGUACACCUAAUCAACUCAAAUCUGUUUUUAACAUUGUUUCUAGUCCUUUUCUUAAGUUAUUUUACGUGGUGUGCUUCCUUCACAUCCGAAGACCUAGAUACUGAUAUGAGAUACAUAAAAAUAUGCAAUCUGUCUUCACCAAUUAGUAUGAGAGCCAUGAACGAGGUUUUAAUCAACAAGAAGUUGGCCAAGGCAGAAUCGAACAAUUUCAAAUGUUUCCUGCAUUGCCUCUUCAUGAAAUACGGUUGGAUGGAUGAAGAUGGUGGAUUUUUGGUCCACGACAUCAAGAAGACGCUGGAGGAGGCUGAUAUAGAGAUAGCAAGUUUGGAAUAUAUCUUGUACAGAUGUACCGCCCUGGAAUCGAUAGAUAGGUGUGAGAGGUCGUUCACGUUCACUGAAUGUUUCUGGAGGAAAAUGUCUCAGGUACAGCCCCAAGAGGAUCAGCUCUUCUACAGUAUAGACAAUAUAGAUAAAAAACGAUGAAAUAUGCUCAACCAUGAACUGAUUAUCGAAAAAUGUAAAUACCACCCUAGAUAAUUAUUUUUUUAACUUUUUUACCAUGACAAUUUAUCGAUGUAAACUAGAAAGAUUAUGUAAUACAAUUAUGAAAAUGA